AUGACUCAGGCCAUUGAGUCUUCUCAUCCACAUGAUUUAAUACAAAUCAAAAAGAACGUGGUAGUGCCAGCCUCUGUUGAUAACCUACCUUACACUACCUCAGCUGAAGACCUUGUUGUACUAGCUUCUUCUAUACGAGGAAAGGAUCCUCUUCCUAGUAAUUCUGUAUUUGCUGACAACGUGAAAGAGCGAGGACUGUACAAUUCAGUUAUGGCUGAAGCAAGCAAGCCAUAUGUUUUUGAACCUACAAAUGCAACUGGCUCUUCUGAGGAUGAAUCUAAGUCUUCCCUUCCCUCAAGUGGUGGAAGUAUUGAAUAUGUACUAGAUCCAGCUAGUCCUCCAGAUCAUUAUUCUCGUGUGCAAUUAAGAGGAUCUACCAGCCCUGAUUGGUUCCCAGGAUACUUCCAAGCACUACCAAGCAUUGAUGGCAUUACAGCUGUUUGCCGUGAUGCAAGUACAGUUGUGGAAGAGGCAUGGUCAACGCUUCAAUCUACUAUGGCAUAAUUUACAAAAACCGGUGCAUGAUCUUUGUUGAUUUAAAAAUGUUCUAUCAUGUCUUCAAUUUGUGAUUAGAUUUUUGGUCUGCGUAAAUGUUUAUUUACUUCACAAUAUGGCUUUGUUGCGUAUCAGAAAGUAAACAUGUUCAAUACCUUUUUUCCAGUAUGUAAAUAUGUAUAAUUCUAUUUAAAAAACAUUUUAAUUAUAAAAUAUAUUUUGGGUAACAAAACAGAAA